UUAAGAGGUUUAUAUCAAUUAUCAAGCAACAUGUUAAGCCUAUAUGAUCUUAAAUCAGACAGGCAACUUGAAUAUCCACAUGAACUUGCUCCCAAAGAACGAAAAAGAGGCAGUCCCACUUCGAAGUGAUGUGUCUUCGGAUAGGAGCUAUAUAACUUGAUCAUUCUCCAGAGCUUUAUCAGCCAAACACUCAUAAGUUACUCAUUACAUACAUUCCAAUCUACUUUCUCAUCGUCAUAAUUUAUUUACUUUGUUACUCUAUCUGAAACCCACAAAAUGAUAAGUACAAAGAAGCUUAUCAAAAUGGCAAGGAAAUGGCAAAGAUUAGCAGCUGCCAGCAGAAGAAGGAUUUCUUGGUCAAAAUCAUUGUCUGAGAAGGGUCACUUUGUUGUUUACACGAGUGAUAAAAGACGAUUCAUGAUUCCUUUGACAUACCUCAAGAGCGAGAUUUUCACAGAACUCUUUAGAAUGGCCGAGGAAGAGUUUGGAGUAGAAAGUUCAGGGCCAAUUAUGCUGCCUUGUGAUUCAAGCUUCAUGGAGUACGCAAUCUCCAUGAUUCAAAGACAUGUCACUGAGGAUAUGGAGAAGGCAUUGAUCAUGUCUUUAGCCACCUGCAGAUACUCAUCAUUGUCAAAUGGCCUUCAAGAACAACCCAAUCAACAAUUAUUUAUCUGUAGCUUUUAGAAAUGUUUUCUAUUUUUUAGUAGGAAACAUAUACGUGUACAAAUUUACAAAGAGAAAAUUAAUGAAAUUUCCUGCGGAAGUUCAAAUCA